AUGUGGGACCAUGUAAGAUCUUGUUGUCGGAGAUAUCCAGUGAAGAAGGAUACGGGUGGUGGGAGGAAUUGUUUUAGUAUGAAUUCCGCCACGUGGCUGUCCUGGAUGCGGCGCACGCAGGCAGCUGGCCAAGCUGGCGCGCAAACGCCGCACCAGGACACGCAACCUCGACCAGCGGCUCGGCGGCCCUUGAAAAUAGAGCAUUCUCAGCAAGGUCCCCAGACCCAGACCCCGCACCAGCCUCAGCAGCCUCUUCCUCGCCGCACCCUGGGAGCUCGGGAGCCCUUGCCUGCCGGGCACCUGUACCGCUUGCAAAUGAUCAACUUCGCGUGCCGUGAAAACGUGUGGAUCACUUCCAGAGGAUGCGUGAAAGCUCAGGGGAUUUUGGCGUAUCAAGGUCCGGCGUACAACGCGGAUAAUGAAAUCUGA